UAACGUUUCACUCAAAGCCAUGAUGACUGGAAUAUCAAACAUAGCAAUAUUUAUUUUAUUUUCAACUUGCAUCAAUGCGCAAGAAGAAACAAAUUGUAACACUGAUUGUGAAAAAGAUUUACAAAAAUUACAACGUCAGGUUAAAAAGUUAAGAAAAGAUGUAAAUGAAUUAAAAGUACUUGGAAAUGCAGUAAUCCCACAGGGAAUAAUAAAUGAAGAUGCUGGCCACAAAAGCUGUCCUAAACAUUUUCAUGAAAAUGCCAAACUGGGGACCUGUUACUACAUUGCGGAUAGCUCAAAACUGAUGCUCAUGGAUAGAGCUAGUGCUGCCACCUACUGUGCCUCGAGGGGGGCAAACUUAAUAGCAAUCGAGACCCCAGAAGAACAAGACUACCUCAGAGGGUUUGUGUUUCAAAGAGGACUGACCAAUUGGCCAUUUUGGACAUCCUUUAAUGCUGAAAAUGGUGAGGAAGAGCCAGUGUUUGAGUGGUUAGGAGGCCCAGCAGGUCCUACUAAAGAUGUUGGGGAAUAUAUGGACUUUGAUGGGAAAUCAGCAGAGAUCCUGGGUAUGGUUUAUCAGGGAAAACUCAUGGUGCCAGAGUUCAGGUGUGCCAUAUGGGAUACAGAUAAACUGGAUGAGGAUGGAAAUUCAAUAAAAACUAACAACUGGAAAUUGCAAAAUUGUUUCUCAAAGAUAGCUGUACCUGGCUGUGAAGUCCACAUCUGAAUUAAUUCACACUUAAAAUUACAUGUAUAGACCAAACUUCUAUUGGGAAAUAUUAAAUAAAGUUUGGC